GCGCCGCCAGGGCGGCACCUGAGGUUCCUCAAACAAAACGGGCCCCGCGGCGGGACGGGGCGGCUCUCACCCACCCCGGCGGCUCCCGCCGCUUCACCUCUGCGGGGCGGGGACCGCCGGGCCGGGCACGGGGGAGGAAGAACUCUCUAUCCUCACGGCGGACGAGCCUACGCUCCCCGGCCGAGGCCGCUGUCGGCGGGGCUGCGCCUUUAAGGGGCCGGGGGAGGUGGCGGCGGGCGGGUUUCUGUGCGCUGGGGCUGUUCCCUCCCCUUGUCCCUCCCUCUUUCCCUCUCUCCCUGCCAGGCCGGGCGGUGGGCAGAGCCCGCGGGCCGCUGCCGCGGGUGUGGGACGGGAAGCCGCCGCAGCCUGCCUGCAGCCAUGGGUCUGCCCCUGCGCUGCCGGCUGCCGGUGCUCCCACUUCUCCUGCUGGCAGCCGGCGGGCUGCGGGCGGCAGAGCGGAGUAGCAGCGCCAUGGAGGAGCUCGCCACCGAGAAGGAGGCGGAGGAGAGCCACCGGCAGGACAGCGUGAGCCUCCUCACCUUCAUCCUGCUCCUCACUCUCACCAUCCUCACCAUCUGGCUCUUCAAGCACCGCCGCGUCCGCUUCCUCCACGAGACCGGCCUGGCCAUGAUUUACGGACUCAUAGUUGGGGUGAUCUUGAGAUACGGGACUCCCUCUACCAGCGGCCAUGACAAGCCGUUCAGCUGCUCGCAGGAGGACAGGCCGUUUACAACCCUGCUGGUCAACGUCAGCGGGAAGUUCUUUGAAUAUACACUCAAAGGGGAAAUAAGCCCUGGGAAGAUCCACAAUGUGGAGCAAAAUGACAUGUUGCGAAAGGUAACAUUUGACCCGGAAGUUUUUUUCAACAUUCUGUUGCCUCCUAUCAUUUUUCAUGCUGGUUAUAGCCUGAAGAAGAGACACUUUUUCAGGAAUUUGGGGUCCAUUUUGGCUUAUGCCUUUUUAGGAACAGCAGUCUCUUGUUUUAUUAUUGGGAAUCUCAUGUAUGGGGUUGUGAAACUAAUGAAGUUGGUGGGUCAGCUCUCUGAUAAAUUCUAUUAUACAGACUGCCUCCUUUUUGGAGCAAUAAUAUCUGCCACUGAUCCAGUUACCGUGCUAGCAAUAUUUAAUGAGCUGCAUGCUGAUGUCGAUCUCUAUGCCCUUCUGUUUGGGGAGAGUGUGCUGAAUGACGCUGUUGCCAUUGUAUUAUCGUCAUCUAUAGUUGCCUACCAGCCAACAGGUGAAAAUACGCAUGCUUUUGAUGCAGCAGCAUUUUUCAAGUCGGUUGGUGUUUUUCUGGGAAUAUUCAGUGGUUCUUUCAUGAUGGGAGCAGUGACAGGGGUUGUGACAGCUCUGGUGACGAAGUUUACCAAGUUGCACUGCUUCCCCCUGCUGGAAACUGCUCUCUUCUUCUUGAUGUCCUGGAGCACUUUCUUGCUUGCAGAAGCUUGUGGAUUUACUGGUGUGGUGGCUGUCCUCUUCUGUGGAAUUACCCAGGCGCAUUACACAUACAAUAAUUUGUCAGUUGAAUCAAGAAGUCGCACUAAGCAGCUCUUUGAGGUAUUGCACUUCCUGGCAGAGAACUUCAUAUUUUCUUAUAUGGGUUUGGCACUGUUUACUUUCCAGAAACACAUAUUCAGCCCAGUUUUCAUUAUUGGAGCUUUUAUUGCAAUUUUUUUAGGCAGAGCUGCACACAUCUACCCUCUCUCCUUCUUGUUGAAUCUGGGCAGAAGGCAUAAGAUCAGCUGGAACUUUCAGCAUAUGAUGAUGUUUUCAGGUCUCAGGGGAGCCAUGGCAUUUGCUCUGGCUAUACGAGAUACUGCUACCUACUCGCAUCAAAUGAUGUUCUCAACAACUCUGCUCAUUGUCUUUUUCACUGUGUGGAUUGUCGGUGGAGGUACAACUCCUAUGCUGUCAUGGCUGAACAUCAGAGUUGGUGACCAUGUUCCAUCGGUGGAAGAGAUGAGUCAAAGCCGCUGGCUGUAUUUCAGGGUUGGGGUUGACCCAGAUCAGGAUCCUCCACCUACUAAUGACAGCUUUCAAGUCUUACAAGGAGAUGGCCCAGAUUCUGAAAGAAGGAACAGGACAAAGCAGGAAAGUGCUUGGCUUUUCAGGCUAUGGUAUAGUUUUGACCAUAAUUAUUUAAAGCCAAUUCUCACUCACAGUGGCCCUCCGUUAACCACAACUCUACCCAGCUGGUGUGGCCUGAUAGCGCGCUGUCUGACAAGUCCUCAGGUUUAUGAUAAUCAAGAACAGCUUAGAGAAGAAGAUUCUGAUUUUAUUCUGAAUGAUGGUGACCUUACUGUGACAUAUGGUGAUACAACAAUAACUGCAAACGGUUCUUCUGGCCCCCAUACAGCUACCACUAGUCUUGAUGGCAGGAGAACAAAAAGUAGUUCAGAGGAAGCACUGGAACGUGAUUUGGGAGCAGCAGAUCAUGAAGUUACAAGCAGGGGCACCCGACUAGUAUUUCCUCUGGAAGACAAUGCAUGAUUACUGACUCAGUAAAAAUAACUCUUGCUCUGUGGAUGGAUCAAGGAAGACUGCGGGCCACUGUGUCACUUGAGGUGGGGAUGUUUAUUUAAGCGAGUUAACAUGCAUAAGAGGUUUUACUAGGGUCUGAAGAUGGCACCUCUUUUUUACUCAAGAUGCUGACAGUGGGGUUUUCUAAAUGUCUGAAAAUAGACAAAUGAGAAAACUGGUCAUUCUCCUCUUUUCAACUGCAUAUUGAGUCCAAGUAUAACUAGCAUGCUGCAAUUGUCUUGUUCAGCUGCAGCAGCUCUCUCUGAAGAGAGGUACAUGAAAAUAUUGUCACAGAACUGAGCUUGUCUUGGCUUAGCUUGGGAAUGUGGAAGAAGAAAUACAAACAUGACAAUUACUAGGAGAUAAAAAAGGAUGCGUGUGUAUCUGAAUGCAGAGAGAUCCAUUGUUAACUUCUUUCAUGAGGUUGAGGAAACUAUAAAGUAAACCAGGACAGUAUACAUUAGGACUACAGGUCUAUGAAUGCAAGACUCUGUGGGGAAUCUGUUACUGCAUGUAUUUCAGGGAAAAAAGGGAAAAGGAGAUUUCUUCACUGGCCAUGUGUUUAAAUAGGAAGGCAAUGAGAGCUACUUGUCCCUUUAGCUUUGGGCAUCUUGACUAUUACUAUUAGCCUAACUUCUAGUGCCUCAAAAGAAAAACAUCCAGCUUCCUGUCGUCUAAGACAUACCUUGAUCCAGCACAAGCCUGGAGCCAGGCUCUCUCGGGUAGAAGUCAUGAGGUAAAACUUUCUCUCCAUUAAGGUUCUUAGAAUCGGAUGAAGAUAGUUUGAAAUGUAUCUUCGGCUGGGGAAAACAGCAGUUAACAGGAGGAGAGGGGAAAAAAAGAGAGAGACAGGCAGUAUUGAACUUGCAUGGAACCAUGAGGUUUCAUAUCGCUCAGAAGAAUCCAUGGACUCUGCUUACAGUUCUUGUGCGUGACAAACAGCAAACAUCUAAUUAAACAGACAAGCAAAUACUACUGGCUUUACCAUUUGUGACUAUCCUAAAGAAAGGUGUUUACUCUUGUUCUGUUUCGCAGAGUAGAUGUGAAACUUCAGUGGGGCAUUGCACAAUAACGUAUAAGCUACAGACGUGACAAACUAGUAUCAUCUUCAAUGUGAAAAGGGAAAAAUCUUUGCCUAGUAUUUAGCCCACUUACACGUAGGCUAGCUUUAACUUAUUGCUAAAUGCUUUUUAAUUUCCAAAUGAGGAGAUAUCAUUGUCUUUUGCCAAUAGCUGAAAACUUAUGCUUUGAAGAGCAGUUCAGCUAUUUAAAGCAUGCUAAAAUGUGAUUUCACUCUCAUGUCUCAAAAGGUUUAUUUUUUUAGAGUUCUGUGGCCCACUAAUGUGAUGUAAUAUCAAUUUGUCUAAAAAAAAAAAAAAAGUGUGUUUUUCUUGCUGCCAUUUCAGUUGUUCCUCUCAUAAAAUUGUGUGUGAGUUAAUACCUGCUCUGUUUUUCCUUAACUAUUAAACUUAACGGGCUAACUUUGGUACGAGAACUUACUGCUGCAGAGAAACAUCGCAGCCAUAUUGUCCAGUCUGCUUUCUUUCAAAUGUGUUCUCUGAAUGAUCUACCUCCUUGUCUGUCCCUCCACGGUAAAUUUGUAAAGGGCAUUGAUCUGUAAUGACUGUCUGACAUUAUUAAGAAAAGAGACACGAGGAAACCAGAAGCUUUUUUUUGUGGAAAAACUGGAAGAGCAAUACAGUCUGAACUCUGUUCUUACAUGGUGAAGAGUAACAAACCCUGAUGAAGAUCUCUGAGCAGAACAGCUCCUUUUCAGUUCUCAUCUGCUUUCAAGGAAGACAAGGCAGAUAGCAAUGAUCCAUGCUAUUUAUACUGUUUACAUGGCUUGUUUUUUCUUUAAGUGCUCUGGCAGUAGAAAAAAUAGUUUCCUCCUAAAUUACAAAAAUAAUUGCAUUAAUUUUGGACAAGUCUUUGGGACCCACGCUGUCAAUGCUGAGCGAGGACUUGAGAUUUCUACAACAAUUAGAGUUGUUAGCUGAAUCAUAUUAAUCAAAUUUUGUGUUGAGACAGUGAAACUUACCCAAAAUAAAUGGACUUAGUACAGUGAGGCAAAUCUUUACAUGCGGCUUGAAGCUGAAGCUUACCACAUCACUUUGGCUGAAAACCAGAGUCUUAUGCAGAGUUAUCUAUUCUUUGGAAGAAAGAUCAGGCAAUAGAAAUUCUGUUUCAUUAGCUUCCUCAGGAAGACUGAAUCUCUUGAAAGCAUCAAUAAACCAUCCCAGUGCAGAUGCUUCUCUGUCUGUGUUUUUAAUUCCCAUAGCAAAAUAUAUAGUUGAGUGGAGUUUACCAGUAAGCCCAAAAUGUGAUUGUGAAAGAGGAGCCAAAGUAGAUGGAUCCUUGGUGAGAGGUGAGGAGUAUAAUAGUCCAACUUCACAUUCAAAAAUGGUGAGGAGAGGCCCAAAAACACAAGCUUAAUUUUUAGUUAUACAUUACAUAAAUUUUAUUCCUUGAUUUUUAUCUAUUUUGUUAUUUUAAGUCAUCUUCCAGAAUUGGACUUCACUGCCAACAAAAGGUAAGCCAAAACUUCUCUUCUUACUACUGACACUGAUCCUUGUACCAAAUUCCCAAGGGACUCUACUAAAAAGGGGGAAAAAUAAAAAAAACCCUCCUUGCCCUUGAAAUGCUGCAUAUUUCACCUAUCCCUUUUUCUCUUGUGUGUAUCCUUUUGAAAGAGUAGUUUAAUACUUUCAAUUCCUUUCCAGUAAAAUCCUAAGCUGGCAAGAACUUGACCGAACCAGCAGAUGUGUUUUCUCAUAAACUUGGUGUGAGGUUUUGAGUAGAAAACACAUCUUAAGAUUGUAAUGAUCAGCAAUUGAUACAUAUUAGUGUCCUCUUCAACUUGAAAAAGAAAACCUGUGAGAUUAUGGUACUAGCUGUACUAGCACAGGAUGUUGCAGCUUACGUGGCUGCCUUUGUACUUGGGACUGAAUGAUUUCUCCUUGGUUUUUGCUUGCUGUGUUGUCAACUUACUGCUGAAAAUCUUCAAGUUGCCAGUGACUCUGCUAACUUCAGUCCCUGGAGAAGGGCAAAACAAAGUCCCUAAUCUUGUGUCAGUGCUUCAUAGAAGCCAAUACUGACAGUACGGCGAGACUGUUCUGCAGCUGCUUGAAUUCCCCCGCAAACAAAUCUUUCCAAUUUUCUUGUGCUAAAGGCCACAGCAAUCCACAAGCAGUACACAAACAUGGUGUUUAAACAGACUGAAAAGUUAUCUAAACCCUUCUGUGUAUUCAUCUAUAAUGUUGGGGGGCGGGGAGGGGAUUAGAAACAUUUUCACUUACAGAAUUUGGAAGAACACAAAAUAUCUAGAAAACUGGCACUUCUGUGCUUUGCUAGUUAAUUCAGUGUGUGUGAGAACCGAUCAUGUUUUGAGCCACCUGUACAGUGCUGCACAUCUUUUGUGCAAAAGAGCAAAUUGUCUGAACUUCCAUGGGACUAGAGGCAGUUUAUCACUUUCUUAGCCUCACUACAACCACAAGCAUAACACUGGAUUUCUCGGGGCGCUGUUUGUGCGAGGCGUUCAAAGCCCUGCUUACGCUGGCUGUGGCAGUGCCUCUCCUCACCUUGUCAGAAAGGAGGAACAAACGUUAUGACAAGUGUGUUUGUGCUGUGUGUUACAUGUCUGCUAUGCAGAGGAAGGGUAUGGUGUAAACUGCCUUUUCCCAUAAAGACUGAACAAGGGUAAAGUAUCAAAUACUUGGUGCUUGACCAAGUUUUGCCCUGUUCCAGGGUUGCAAGAUUUUUGGCCUACGAAAGGCAAAAAAUAUUUUUUAAUUUUUUUUUUAUGCUGAAGGAAUUGCCUUUGGGAAAAUGACUGCAGAAAUAUUAAGGGGGGGGGGGGAAUCUAACCUUUUUUGGCUGAACUUCCAAAGAGCUGAUCUGAAGCAGAGGUUAAAAUAGUGUCUACUACUACAUGAUAGCUACUACGUUUUACUCCUGGGGACAGGGAAAGACCUCAUAGUAGGAAGUCUAGCAACCUUAAUAGACAGCACGAGCAGCUUACAUUAACUAGGAGACCAGGUCCUGUAAUUUUAAUCUCUCUAGUCAGGGAGACAAUUUGUAGAUUUGCAUGGAAAGCAUGGUCCUUCUUGUAUAAUUUCAGUUUAACUUGAAUUGCAGUCUCUUUUCAGACAGUGUUGGUCAGAGGAGCUUCUUCCAGUCUAAUUUGUAACAGUAAAACCCUGGACACUAAUAUGCUUCACAUGCUUUUCAGAGAAAGGUUCAGUUUUUAUUUUAACUCUGAAGUAGCUCACAGGAAUAACACGCUUGACCUCAGCCUUGGCAGAGAUGGUCUCUGCCUCCCCGCAAGUGUGGGAAUGGAAUUUGAGUAACCAGAGGCCUCGACUUCAUGCGCUUUUCCUUAAGAUGCGGGUGAGGGGAGGGUCUUUUUCGGGGAGAAACCAGAGAACUUACAGAUGCAUCAGCAGGGAGCAUUCCUCUCCAAAAUACUGAACUCGUGACCCGCUGAAACUUAGAAGGCAGGGAGGAUAAAGCAUGACGAGGAGGCAGAGACCACCAGCAGGAACGCAGGCUGUACAGAGUCAGGUUGGGCUAUAUGCUAUCUGGGUCAUCAUCAGAGUCACGGGAAGUAGGGCAGAGCUCCUUAGUGGCAUGAACACAGUCCUAAGAGAAAAAUGUGUAGAAUAACAAUUUCAAAUGUCCCUAUAAUGGAAAAAUCCUCUUUGUAAGAAGCGGCUCGUGCAAACCUUAGUUGCGGUGCUGGAGGAGGGUCUUGCAUCCCAAGCCUGGGGAGGGGAGUUUAAUACUGCGUGGUGAGAAACCACAGGUAUGUCUUGGCCUGGGAUUUUUGGGAGGGUCCUUCUGAAAAAUAACUUCCUGUAGAAAUAAGCCUGCAAAGUGAAAGAGGAGGAAAGUGUGGAGGAAAUAGUGAAUUACAAAGCCAGGAAAUGGCUUAAACAGGCAGCUGUACUGUGGGAACAGCGUUGUCAACAAUUGUUACUCUUAAUCUUGCAGUUCUAACUGCUGAGAAGUUUUGUGAACUGCAUACCUUACCCUAAAACAAGGGUAAUAAUGGGAUAAUGCAAAAUGGGUAAUUAAACGACCCCCAUCCUAAUCGAUCACAAAACUGAAGGCUUUCACGAGAAAAGCACUGACUUGCUUCUACUCCAGAGCAAGGCAAGUGACUCUGAACAUUUUUACAAAACUACUUUCACAUCAUUGCUAUGUUUUCUUGAAUCUAAAAAGCCUUUAGUAAUUUUGAAAGUAGUUCUAAGGCAGCAUUAGUCAGAUAAAUACGAAGGUGCCUUACAAGACGUGCAUACAUACAAACAGGCUGUAAAUGUUUGCCCAAUCAUACUUGAAUCUGUGUUGCAGACUCAAAUUCCAUAUCUUAAUUUGAUACCUGCAGUUUAGACAAGCUUUUGCUGUGGAAAUUAAACAGUUGUGAUAAAGUACUAGAAUCGGUUCAGAUUUUCAGGUAAUAAAAUCAUUUUCCUGGUUCGCAUGCUUUAUCCAACACACCUUUAUCCUGUGCUACUUUCUUGAUCACAAUCUCUUUCGCACCACCCUACAUGGACUUGCAGACCUCCUAAAUGCCAUUGGGUUUGAAGCUUUAUCUCGGGACUGAAGCUGAACUGGGAGAGACAGCUUGUAAUAAUUUAUACUGGAAUAAAGGAAUCUAUUGGUUGCCUGCACUGUCUGCAUCGGCGAACUUGGUGGUGCAGAAAGGUGUCGGCAGGGAGGGAGAGAAGCCCUGGCUUUUUGAAUACCUGGUUAGGCCGGUGUGGAUAAAGCCAGCGCCCCUCGCCAGUUCGGGUACCGUAGGACAGAGCCAGAAAGGAUUUAUAUUGGUGCGUGCAAAGGAGCAGCAGUCUUUAUCCUAGGGAAAUUAAAAACAUUUGGGUUAGUUCUAGCUUUUGUUAACAUAAUGUUUUUCCAUGUAAUUUUCUGAUGCUCCUAGUUUCCUGCGUUUUUUUUAACCUUUUAAAGCUUGAAAGCAUCCUAUGUAAACACAUUUGAUAUCUGUUUUAAAAAGGGGGAGGGGAAAAAUAGUCAGAGUUAAUUUUUGUGCCUGAGCACACUGUCAAAGCUCUGCUCCGUUGCUAGUGUAUGCAAGUUUGGUUAAUUAGACGGUAAUAAUUUGAAAUACUGCAUUUGUGGGUCACUUUGAUGUGGUUAUUUGGAAAAAACAGAUUUGCAUUCCCUCAGAGAAAGUGAAUGCUCAACUUAAAAGGGUUUGCUGCAAUGUUAAAAUACUUAACUUUAGGCUAUGAGAAAUAGAUUGGAUUUAUUUUUUAACUAGUGAAGUCUCUGAACUUGUUAUUACGGAGGCAGGGAGAAGCAGGUUGUGCAGUUCCGUGUUAUAACAUAUUAAUGAAUUUUAUUUCCAGAUUUUAGUUUAAUCGAGGAGGUUAUCCACUGUCUGAUUCUGAAUUUCAGACCUAAAUUGCCUGGCUGAGCAUCUUGAUGUUGGCACAGAUUAAUACCGGAAAGCAGAACAUCAGAAGGUAUUCUCCUGGAUGGUAACAGCUGAUUAGUAACAGUCAUUGUGAAAUAACAGCUUCCAGCACAAGGGGUCACUUGAGGUAAGUUUGUCUGGUUUUAGUUUGGAGUAUCAGGAGUAAAGAAAGGGAUAUGACCCAUAGCUGGUUUUGGUGGAGCAGGGAGAACAUAAGCCAUCUAUGUGUCCCAAAUUCGCUUCCCCCUUUUGAGGGAGGCAGGCUGCUGUGCCUUUCCUUUGCAGCUACAGGGUGCGUGCUGCUGGUUUCUGUGUAUUAGCUCCGGUUUGUUCAUGAAGCACAAAAUCAGAAGCAAAUUUUACCUAGUUUUCAUCAGUCUACCAUUCUCACAAUUUUUAACCUCUUGUCAUUUAAGAUCCAAACGCAUCAGUGAGGUUGCAGGAGGUGUCUUAAGGUUACUUCAGACAAAAAUGCACCAGGUAUCCAAAGCAUAGCAUGCUGUCCUGACUAAGACUGCUGUGGUAGGUGGUCUGUCCAAAACUUUUGGUAACUUCUGUCCCCUUGUUAUCAAAGCGCCUAAAGGUGCCGUGGUAUGAUAGGUUCAAGCUGGGGCUGGGCCACAAUGUAUAUUAAAUCCUGUCCUUCCUAGAGAUAGUGUUUAUGUCACGUGUGCAAGAAAUUGGGUCCUGCUGCACCAAAUGUCUUGAACAACACUGAAGUAAUUGCUGUAAGCAGAAUGUACUGUUGUAUCCCCUGAUACAUCCUUCAUUGUGUUGAUAGCUACAGCAACGACCAUCUUUCCAAUAUUUGCAGUUUAAGCUGUGAGGAUUUAAGGAGGACAACAACUCUCUGCAGUUUCAGAGCUUGUUUUUUUGGUCUUAAGGAAUAAGUCCAACACUGGUGUGCAGAUGCUCUGAGCCCUGCUUUGGGAGCUCAGUAUCUUAAUGGGGUUAAAUGGCAAGAGGUUAUCGUUUAACUACAGCAGCGGGUGAGGAAGAGAGAAAAAGCAAAAUAUUGUGAAAGCUCUCCAUGUUGUGACGAUAGUAGUAGUGGAGGAGGGGGAAUAAACACCUGCCAGGCUUUCUACCAGAAAAUUUGUGUACAUACUUAGCUAAACAUUCAACAGUGCGGACGAGAUACUGCAGUAAUUUCAGCUUUGUUUGACUGUGUUGAUUAAGGCUUCAUCCACGCAUUCCAUUCUCAAGAGAAGAAAUGCUAGUGCUGCUUGGAGCUCCGGCUCUGUCAACAAGUUUCAGGUUAGGUAUGAAGAUGGUGUUACUGUUCUAGGUCAGCAAAGUACUUCAUCUUUCCAUUUCUUCUUAGUACUCCCUUACUUCACAUUGACCUCGGAGUCACUGGGAAGUAGCAGGUACAAGGUGGUGGUAGCUUUUGUGGAGUUUGUUGUUUUACAUAGAGUUGUACUGUUAGCUGCACUAGAACAAAUAAUCAUAUUUUUCAUCUGUAGUCAAGUCAGAAAUAUGUCAUCUCUUCUUAUUUGAUUAAUAGUAGUGCAAAACCUACUGUGGCUUGAUGUAAAACGUCCGUAUUUCAGCUCAGAAGUGAAAAGGGCUGAUACCGGCAGGUCUUUGCUCAGGGCAGAGCUAGCACGUCAGCCCUCUUCCCACAGUACAGAAUUGGUUUGGAGUUCCUUUCCUUAAAAUGUAAUUAAUGCUCCACCUGGGAGCAUCUAACAGUUGCUCCCAUAUCCUUUUAUUUUAGGAAGAGUUGCAAGCUACAACUGAAAGUAUUAUUACAUGGAGAAACAAAAUAUAGAUUUAUGUCAAUAUGUCUGUUAUAGACCAGAGUUAUAACUUCUAAAUCUGUUCUUAGAAAGAGUGAAUGAUCAUGCGAACGAAGGAGGUCUGGAUGACAUACUUCCUUUUAUAAGAUGGUAUUUGGAAAGUCCUUUUGCAAGAAGUCUUAGGUCAUGCUGUCUCAGUCACUGCAGGAAGAGGAAUCUACUGGGAUUAGUAACUGACCAUUUAUUCUCGGUUCUGUUUCUUAACUAUUCACUAGUUUUUCAUAAUGGAGAGAAGCUGUUAGCAAUGCCAUCCAGAGGUUUGUGCUGCUGGAUCUUGUGAAGGGAGCGGGUAGGAAAGUGAAAAAUGUGUGGGAUAUUCAGUUACUCGGGAUUAUGGAACCCAAGGUUGACUGUAAAAUGUGGGGUAGCACUUAGUGAAAAGCAGCUCCAGCUACGCAAGUGCAACGGCCUAUAAAAUAGCUGUUUCCUUGUUAGAGCAUGGAAUCAUUCUGGUUAGCGUUCAGAAGGUGGCAGGAAUGAUUAAAAAGACAAACAACGUUGGCAGCUGAAGUCAAAAUCACAAACCUUCUGUUGCUUUAUAAAUCCCCCGUGUGUCCCUGCCAUCGGCGUCCCAGGUAGCUUUGGUCAUCUUUGAAAGGACAUAAAAACACCUGAAAAGGCACAGAGCAAGGCCAAAAGGUAACCACAAGUACAGUGCGGUUUUCGUGUGAUGAGUAAAUACCUGGGCUUUUUCAGCUGGGUAGAAGAGAUGGCAAAGGAAGAUCUAUCUGUUACAGUUUUGCAAAAUUAAAAUGUUACGGCACAGGAGAAGAGGGAACGGUGACUCACCCAUUGCUAAAACAAAUCUGAGGUUACUGGCUGAUAUGAAGCAGCAAAUCAAAACCAAAGGCAAUGUUGUUACCCUAAACAAAGACUGAAACUUGCUGUUCAAAAGCGUAUCAACAGGUUCAAAAGUUGGUGUUUCCGACAAGACCAGUUGCACCAAUACCUGCUCAACGCAAUCCAAACCCGGCCUCUGCCUGCCUUAGGCACUCCCCGAGCAGCUGGGGAGCUGGGGAGGAUGAAGGACGUGUUCUGUUGCUCCGCUUCCCCGAAGCGUGUCGUGCUAGCCUGAAUCAGGUACCGCUGCCGCGAGGUUUUCCCCCUUGUACGCACGCAGUGAGCUAGCCUGAGUCUUGCAGUAAGAGAGACGAAUGCUGGAAACGGACGCCUUGUGCUACCCCCUCUGCGGAACCUGCACAGACCCCAGGUUGGGGAGUUGGGGUCCGGUGCAGAAGCUGCUCGUAGCGCCGUCCAGAGCAGCAACGCGCGGGUGGCUUUGCCUCUCUGAGAUACCAGCGGACAGUCUUAAUUAUCUUGUGUUAUCUUAUCAUGCAUUUCACACCAAAACCACACUAGUUGCGUACAAAUUGAGGAAUUUGUUACUGUAGUGACCAGUUAGCACCAGGAUUAUUUUUCAGCUUAAUGGAAACAGGAACUUACACCUCAGGAUAAAUAUUUCCCUCACACCGCAUACUUUUUCCAUAAGAACACUGAAGAAAUGGGCACUUCUUGGUGGCUUAUGAAAUUGCUGGCAAGGCUUCUGCUCACAGCGUGACCUUCUUUGAGCAGGGACAGUCUUCUUCUUCCCAGUGAUGCAAUCGGAGAGUUUUGCUCUACUUUGCAUGCAGUGAGUCACUUCUUUAUUUUCUGACGGCAGUAUGACCCACAGAGCCAGGGUCUGAGCAUGAAGAAUUCCAGUUCCGAGUCGAAGGAGAUGAAACCCAUCUUACGCUAUUCUUCUUGUUUUGUUUCCUUAUGAAUAGCUGCAAGCAGUGUCUCCAGUCAUUGAGUUGCUGCAUUUUGAUUGUACUUAUCCAUUCUGGUCAACAACGAGGUUUCAAAGAGAAUGAAACUUGUUUUAGGAGAAGUAGUCCUUGAUCCUUUCCAGACAGAGGGUUUGGCUGAAGCGCCCGGAUGCCCUACUUUUGGGAGCGUGGCUUUUACUAGCUCACUAUCAUACCGUAUAUGCAAAACGUGCACGUGCUGCCAAGGCAGGGCAGGUACCUCUGUCUGCUUUCGGUGAGAGCAAACCGCCCCUGCACUGAAGUUCAUCCUGCAGUCAAGAAGGGGAAGCUCUGCGGUGAGUCUGCAAGUGAGAAGCAUAUCGGGUUUUACAGUAAUAAGUAGGGUUUAGCAUCUGUGGGAAGACAUGAAAGCUUGUAAUCAGAUAAGCUACGAGGUUCAGAACUUAUUUAAUGAGAAAGGGACUCUUCAACAUUAGCAAGUGUUAUCUUGGAAAAUUGAGGUCUAAGAAAAUUACAGCUAUUUUCUGCCUACAACUACAGAGCCCCUUUGUUUGGGAGGCCCAAGAAUUGAUGCUUUUAAUGCUACUUGUUUUCAACUUUUUUUUUUAUGUAUGUGCAACCCAAACAUACCAUUCUUCUAUUGCUUUUGCAAUCAGCUGAAUAUUUGGACUGGAUCAAACAAGGGAGGAGUGGAAAUAACUAUAGGAGAUGGUGAUCAGAAUUAAACUGUGCUUGAAGAGCUACAGAUGUUCUGCACACUGCCUUUCUUUACCCCAGCCAUUCUGUGUAUGCUUAAAUAUCAUCAAUAAAGGAUGUUUAAGUGUUAAUCUGGGAACUAUAACACUGGCUAUUUUAGAUUUAUUUAGAUCGCAGCAGUGUCAAGCAGUUCAAGGCAGUGGAAGCGAGGGGAGCCCAGGGUGCCUCGGUGCAGUUUUGUCUAACAGACAAAAGUCUCCCACCAGUAAUGCCCAGGUGGGUAAAAACCCUCCUGCAAAAAUAAACAGGGCAAAACAGGCUUCACCCUGGCUAUUGGUGUUGAGAAAGGGAGGAGAAGGGAAUACCAUAUCUUGGAACUAUAACAGGUUAUUUUAGAUUGAUAAACACACCUAUGAUAUGACUGAGUUCAGUAUUCUCAAAACAACUGAAUUUUAAUCCAUUUACUUCCUAUUUUCCCUAACCAAGAGUGGGUUCACAAAGUAAAAACUAUUCCUGCUAAACUAAUUCACACUACAAGACAAAGCGACUUCUGCAAAGCACUUGAAGUAGCAUAAGCCAUGUGUGUUUUUGAAGUUAGGAGCUUUUUUUUUUUAAGAAUAAAAAAAAGUGACAGCUUACAUCCGGUUUUGUGUAGUGUAAUGCUUGAAAAUGUGACUUUUGCUAAAUACACUAUGUGUUCUGAGCCAUCUGAUCAAUGAAAUAAAAUUAUCAAA